GUGGUGGUGUUGACCCUCCUGGCUGGUGUUGGCGUUUCAUCACCAAUUCCGGAGCAUGCAGCAUCGUCAGUCUUCAUCAGUGCAGCACAGCAUCAGCAUGGGCAGCAACAGGAUGAACCACAGCACCGUUUCCGCACCGCUCAGCAUCGUUUCAGCAUCGGCGAGGAGGGAGAUGGCCCCCGACCUCAGCAUGCCUUCAACUCAGCACGGACUCAUCAUCCCUUACUACGAAACGCCUCCUUGAUAACUGACCACAUCCUGGGUGCUAUACUAAACAACAGACUGACCUUUGACUCUCCAUCGCUGCGUCAAUCACUCCUACGAGACCUCAGUUUCAUGCUGACUUCCCCCUCAGCAACCGAGCGCACCCGCACCUCUGAAGUCAGCACCGGGAGCAUUCUGUUCGACAACCUCCUACGGGGUCUUCGCUCUGGGGUCAUCGGACAUGAGUUAGCGAAUAUCCUCGAGCGGCAAGUCCGAGGGUCCAUCAUUCCGGCCUCUGUGGUGUCUAGCGUCGGUCCGAACUCCCCCGUCAUAAUGGUGUUUCUGGACAGCCCGAACUCCCUCUCGGAAAUCGUUCAACUCUUUCCGUCAUCCCCCAUUAUAAUCAGCCACAGGGGAGGGUCCGUCAGCGCCCCCAGUCUACCCCGGGGUGAUGCCUUUACUGCCGCACCCCCGGACUCACCCCUGGCUCGGCUGUCCCCCCAGGGUGAGGUGCUAUCCCCCAGGUUACAGCAACUAGCCCAGGGUGUGAGAUCUGACCUUACUGUUGCCGGAAAGGUCCUGUCAGAUGUCAGUCAAGGGUUGUCCGGCGAUGCUGAAGUCAGUAGGCGCAGGGGGGAGUUGGGGUCAGCAGGUCACCCUGGGGGAAGGUUACCCAAUCUUCUGGCAGGUCAGCAGGUCCUCAGCAAGUCAGCAGGAGGUCAGGAGGAAGGGAAGGUCACUAAGGCGGCUGCUCUGCGCCCUGCGACAGCCGCCAUCCCCGCGCUGACCAGGCUGUCGCUAGAUGACCAGUUCGACCCGCCAAUCACCACCAGGCGGCCGCCAUCCUCCACCAGUGAAUUCUCAUCCGCCUUAAAUAAAUUCUCGGAUGCGAUCGCCACUCUGACCGAAUCCACCACAGCCGCCAUAGCUGAAUCUUCAACCGCUGCCACCAGUGAAUCAACUGCCACCAGUAAGAAGAUGAUGCCUGUCGCCCUCAUCUUCCCAGACACCGAGAUGAUGCCUGAAGCCGCCGAAGCAGCCGCAGACAUGGCCCCAGUGGCCAUAGUGUUCCCUGAGAUGACCAUGACUUCUGAGGCUCCUAGUGAGUCAGCCGCCACUAGUGAGUCAGCCGCCAGUGAGUCAGCUGCUACUAGUGAGUCAGCCACCAGUGAGUCAGCUGCCACUAGUGAGUCAGCUGCCACUAGUGAGUCAGCCACCAGUGAGUCAGCUGCUACUAAUGAGUCAGCCGCCAGUGAGUCAGCCACCACUAGUGAGUCAGCCGCCAGUGAGUCAGCUGCCACUAGUGAGUCAGCCGCCAGUGAGUCAGCCGCCACUAGUGAAUCAGCUGCCAGUGAGUCAGCUGCCACUAGUGAGUCAGCCGCCAGCGAGUCAGCUGCCACUAGUGAGUCAGCCACCAGCGAGUCAGCUGCUACUAGUGAGUCAGCCGCCAGUGAGUCAGUUGCCACUAAUGGGUCAGCCACCACUAGUGAGUCAGCCACCAGUGAGUCAGCUGCCACUGGUGAGUCAGCCGGCACUAUUGAGUCAGCCGCCAGUAAGUCAUUUGCCACUAGUGAGUCAGCCGCCAGUGAAUCAGUUGCCACUAGUGAGUCAGCCGCCAGUGAGUCAGUUGCCACUAGUGAGUCAGCCGCCAGUGAGUCACCUGCCACUAGUGAAUCAGCCGCCAGUGAGUCAGCCACCAGCAAGUCAGCCGCCACUAGUGAGUCAGCAGCCAGCGAGUCAGCUGCCACUAGUGAGUCAGCCGCCAGUGAGUCAGUUGCCACUAGUGAGUCAGCCGCUACUAGUGAGUCAGCUGCCAGUGAGUCAGCUGCCACUAGUGAGUCAGCCGCCAGUGAGUCAGCCGCCAGUGAGUCAGUUGCCACUAGUGAGUCAGCCGCCAGUGAGUCAGUUGCCACUAGUGAGUCAGCCGCCAGUGAGUCAGUUGCCACUAGUGAGUCAGCCGCCAGUGAGUCAGUCACCAGUGAGUCAGCUGGCAGUGAGUCAGCCGCCAGUGAGUCAGUCACCAGUGAGUCAGCUGGCAGUGAGUCAGUUGCCACUAGUGAGUCAGCCGCCAGUGAGUCAGCUGCCACUAGUGAGUCAGCCGGCACUGGUGAGUCAGCCGGCACUAGUGAGUCAGCCACCAGUGAGUCAGUUGCCACUAGUGAGUCAGCCGCCAGUGAGUCAGCUGCUACUAGUGAGUCAGCUACUACUAGUGAGUCAGCCGCCACUAGUGAGUCAGCCGCCACUAGUGAGUCAGCUGCUACUAGUGAGUCAGCCGCCACUAGUGAGUCAGCCGCCAGUGAGUCAGCUGCUACUAGUGAGUCAGCCGCCACUAGUGAGUCAGUCGCCAGUGAGUCAGCUGCUACUAGUGAGUCAGCCGCCACUAGUGAGUCAGCUGCAGUGAUUGAGUCCUCAGCUGCUUCCAGUGAGACAGCUGCCACUAGUGAGUCAGCCACCAUUAGUGAGUCAGCCGCCAUUAGUGAGUCAGCCGCCACUAGGUCAACCUCCACCACUGAGGCCUCAGACACCACUAGUGAGCUAGCCGCCACUAUUGAGACCUCAACUGACACCAGUGAGUCAGCUGCCAGUGAAUCCUCAGCUUCUACCACAGAGUCAGCCGCCAUUCUUGACAGCCAGAGCUCAUCCGCCACCACAGAGCCAGUCGCCACUGACAGCCAGAGGUCAUCUGCCACCACAGAGUCAGCCACCACUCCUGCCAGCCUGAGCUCAACCGCCACCACAGAGUCAGCCGCCAUUGAGCCCUCAGUCGCUACCACAGAGCCAGCCACAAGUGAGCCCUCAGCCGCCGGUGACCUCUCAGCCACCAGUGAACCCUCAAUCGCCACCACAGAGUCAGCCGCCAUUGUGGAGGGUUUAGCCGCCAGCCAAUUCAGCAGCCGCCUGGGAGCCGCCGCUGAAGGUACCUCUAGACUGACCUCCCGUGGCAGGGCUGUUGGUGCUGGGGUCAGGCAGGGUCAGCAGGCACCUCAGCAGGCAGGGGCCACAGCAAGGCAGCAGGGAACAGAAAGGCACCAGGCCACAGUAGGUCAGCAGGGCCGCCAACACAGCUCAGUGAGAGAGCAGGCUUCUACUACUGGUCAGCAGGUGGUAGAGAGUGAACAGCAGAGGCUUGAUGCAGCUCAGCAGGAGACGGUAGUUGAGCAGCAGGCAGCAGUGAACCAGGCAUCCACUACUGAGCAGGCUGGAGGCACAGAACAGCAGGCAGCCCAAGCAGAACAGCAGACACUGACAGCAGAACAGCAGACACUCAACACUGAUCAGCAGGCAGAACACCAGACUGGAAAACAAGAGCAGGGUGUACAGCAGGCAGGCACUGAGCAGCAGGCACCCACCACUUCAGUCCAGCAGGGUGUCACAGUAGAACAGCAGGGUGCCACAGCAGAACAGCAGGAUGCCACAGCAGAACAGCAGGGUGCCAGAACAGAAGAGCAGAGUGCCACAGCAGAACAGCAGGGAGCCACAGCAGAACAGCAGGGGGGCACAGUAGAACAUCAGGGUGCCACAGUAAAAGAGCAGGCAACCACAGCAGAACAGCAGGCAACCACAGCAGAACAACAGGGUGCCACAGCAGAACAGCAGGGUGCCAUAGCAGAACAGGAGAUAGCCACAGCAGAAGAGCAAGCAACCGUAGCAGAGCAGGAAGCCACAGCAGAACAGAUUGGCACAGCAGACCAGCUCAGCACAGCCAGACAGCGCACCACCGCCAGACAGCAGGUGACAGCAGCAGGGCAGGGGGUGGCAUCAGGGCAGCGCACCACCGCCCGGCAGCGCACCACGGCCCGGCAGCAGGUGACAGCAUCAGCAGGGCAGCAUCGCGGCACAGCACGGCAGCAUCAGCGAGGUGCCACAGCAAGGGAGCAGGUGUUUGGAGGAGCACAGCAAGCCGGCACCACACAGCACGCCACAGCACGCCAGCGGGGCACCACAGCAAGGCAGCAGGUGGUCAUGCAGCAGCAGGAGGCACAGCAGGCAGCAGAACAGGGCUUAGCAAUGCAGCAGGAUGGCAGCGACCUAGCAGAACAGCAGGCUGGUGAGGCUCAGGGCCAGAGCGCUGUGCAGGAACAAACCGCUGAGACACAGCAGGAAGGUUCAGCAGACACCCUCACUGCUGCUGACCUUGCUGCUGAGGCUGUGGCUCAACAGCCUGCUGAUUCUCAACUCACUGCUGAUGCUCCUGCUGAGACAGAACAGUCCUCUCCUGCUGACCAGGCUGCUACUGCUGACCAAGCUACUACUACUGCUGACCUGUCCAUCAUUGCUGAGCAGGCUGCUGCCACUGCUGACCAGACUACUACUGCUGAGCAGCCCAUCACUGCUGACCAGGCUACUAUUGCUGAGCAGGCCAUCACUGCUGAGCAGGCUGUCACCGUGGCUCAGGCCUCCAGCCCAGCACAGGCAGCCACUGCUGAUGCUGCUGAGGUGACUGCUGCUGCAGAACAAGGCCCUGCUAGUGAACAGCAGGCAUCCACAGUAGAAGAGCAAAGUUCAGCAGCAUCCCAGCAGGCAGCAGCAGCAGUAGCAGAGCAGACUGGCAUUGGUGAGCAGGCAGCAGGGCAGCAGGACUCCUCCACUGUUGAACACAGCUCUGGGGACAGACAGCAAGGCACCACAAGUCAGCAGGCCUCAGCAGGCAGGCAGCACAGUAGAACCAGCAGCACCACAACACUGCAGGCAGCAGGAGGCAGACAGCAGGCAACAAGGAGCAGGCAGCAGACAGCCUCAGCAGCAGGGCAGCGCCUCACAGCCAGGCAGCAGGUGUUCUCAGCUGGGCAGCAGACAGGUCAGCGCCUCACGGCCCGGCAGCAGGUGUUCUCGGCAGACCAGCAGGCAGAGGGGCAGCAGAGCUUUGCCAGCCGCCGCGGGGAGCCGGCUGUCACAGUGGGGGAGUUUGUGGCCAACCGGCUGGCUGGCAUUGUGGAGGCCGCCAAGAGCCUGGCCCAGGCCAUGGCCGCCAGGCAGGCAGGGGACACCCAGCCAGCCUCCAAGCAGCCUGGACCCAAACCCACACUCAUCAUAGUCUCUGAGGCCGGCCAGGCAGGCACGGCGGCACACCCAGACAGAAGACACUCAGGAAUCAGCCUGUUUGAGGCCAGCAAGUCAGGAAUUAACCUUUCUGAAGCUAGCCAGUCUGAAGCCAGUCAGUCUGCUCCCAGCCAGUCAGGAAUUAGCCUGUUUGAAACAAGUAAGUCAGGAAUUAGCCAGUCAGAAGCCAGCCAGCCAGAAGCCAGCCAGUCAGAAGCCAGCCAGUCUGAAGCCAGCCAGUCUGAAGCCAGCCAGUCUGAAGCUAGCCAGUCAGAAGCCAGCCAGUCUGAAGCCAGCCAGUCAGAAGCCAGCCAGUCUAAAGCCAGCCAGUCUGAUGCCAGCCAGUCUGAUGCCAGCCAGUCAUCUGGUAGCCAAUCUGAAGCCAGCCAGUCAUCUGCUAGCCAGUCUGAAGCCAGCCAGUCUGAAAUCAGCCAGUCAUCUGCUAGCCAAUCUGAAGCCAGCCAGUCAUCUGCUAGCCAGUCUGAAGCCAGCCAGUCAUCUGCUAGCCAGUCUGAUGCCAGCCAGUUAUCUGCUAGCCAGUCUGAAGCCAGCCAGUUAUCUGUUAGCCAGUCUGAAGCCAGCCAGUCUGAAGCCAGCCAGUCUGAAGCCAGACAGUCUGAAGCCAGCCAGUCUGAAAUCAGCCAGUCUGAAACCAGCCAGUCUGAAGCCAGCCAGUCUGAAGCCAGCCAGUCUGAAACCAGCCAGUCUGAUGCCAGCCAGUCUGAAACCAGCCAGUCUGAAGCCAGCCAGUCUGAAGCCAGCCAGUCUGAAACCAGCCAGUCUGAAGCCAACCAGUCUGAAGCCAGCCAGUCUGAAACCAGCCAGUCUGAAGCCAGCCAGUUAUCUGUUAGCCAGUCUGAAACCAGCCAGUUAUCUGCUAGCCAGUCUGAAGCCAGCCAGUUAUCUGCUAGCCUGUCUGAAGCCAGCCAGUUAUCUGCUAGCCAGCCUGAAACCAGCCAGUCUGAAGCCAGCCAGUUAUCUGUUAGCCAGUCUGAAACCAGCCAGUCUGAUGCCAGCCAGUCUGAAGCCAGCCAGUUAUCUGCUAGCCAGUCUGAAACCAGCCAGUCUGAAACCAGCCAGUCUGAAGCCAACCAGUCUGAAACCAGCCAGUCUGAAGCCAGCCAGUCUGAAGCCAACCAGUCUGAAACCAGCCAGUCUGAAGCCAGCCAGACUGAAACCAGCCAGUCUGAAGCCAACCAGUCUGAAACCAGCCAGUCUGAAGCCAACCAGUCUGAAACCAGCCAGUCUGAAGCCAGCCAGACUGAAACCAGCCAGUCUGAAACCAGCCAGUCUGAAGCCAGCCAGUCUGAAGCCAGCCAGUCUGAAGCCAACCAGUCUGAAACCAGCCAGUCUGAAGCCAGCCAGACUGAAACCAGCCAGUCUGAAACCAGCCAGUCUGAAGCCAGCCAGUCUGAAGCCAACCAGUCUGAAACCAGCCAGACUGAAACCAGCCAGUCUGAAACCAGCCAGUCUGAAACCAGCCAGACUGAAACCAGCCAGUCUGAAGCCAGCCAGUUAUCUGCUAGCCAGUCUGAAACCAGCCAGUUAUCUGCUAGCCAGUCAGAAGCCAGCCAGUCUGAAACCACCCAGUUAUCUGCUAGCCAGUCAGAAGCCAGCCAGUCUGAAGCCAGCCAGUCAUCUGCUAGCCAGUCUGAAGCCAGCCAGUUAGAAGCUAGCCAAUCAGAAGCCAGCCAGUUAGAUACUAGCCAAUCAGAAGCCAGCCAGUUAGAUACUAGCCAAUCAGAAGCCAGCCAGUUAGAUACUAGCCAAUCAGAAGCCAGCCAGUUAGAUACUAGCCAAUCAGAAGCCAGCCAGUUAGAUACUAGCCAAUCAGAAGCCAGCCAGUUAGAAGCUAGCCAAUCAGAAACCAGCCAGUCAGAAGCCAGCCAAUCUGCUGCUAGCCAAUCAGAAACUAGCCAAUUAGCUGCAAGCCAGUCAGAAGCCAGCCAGUCAUCUGCUAGCGAGUCAGAAGCCAGCCAGUCAUCUGCUAGCCAGUCAGAAGCCAGCCAAUCAGCUGCUAGCCAGUCAGAAGCCAGCCAGUCAUCUGCUAGCCAGUCAGAAGCCAGCCAGUCAGCUGGUAGUCAGUCAGAAGCCAGCCAGUCAGCUGGUAGUCAGUCAGAAGCCAGCCAGCCAGCUGUUAGCCAAUCUUCUGCUAGCCUAUCAGGAGCCAGCCAGUCAGCUGCUAGCCAGUCUGCUGCCAGCCAGUCAGGAUCCCUCCAUUCAGCUGAUAGCCAUUCAGAAACUAGCCAAGUAGAAACCAGCCAGUCUGCUGCCAGCCAGUCCAGUGCCAGCCAGUCCAGUGCCAGCCAGUCCAGUGCCAGCCAGUCUGCUGCCAGCCAGUCCAGUGCCAGCCAGUCCAGUGCCAGCCAGUCUGCUGCCAGCCAGUCCAGUGCCAGCCAGUCCAGUGCCAGCCAGUCCAGUGCCAGCCAGUCUGCUGCCAGCCAGUCCAGUGCCAGCCAGUCCAGUGCCAGCCAGUCCAGUGCCAUCAGGGCGGCACCAUCACCCAGCAGCCACUUCUCGUCUGUCAGGCAGUCAGCUAUCAUUGGCGGCCGGUCCUCAUCCAGCGGGCAGUCCUCAUCCAGCAGGCAGUCCUCAUCCAGCAGGCAGUCCUCAUCCAGCAGGCAGUCCUCAUCCAGCAGGCAGUCCUCAUCCAGCAGGCAGUCCUCAGGCUCCAGACAGUCAGCCGGCAGGUCAUCAGGCAGCCUGCCAGUGGCCAGCCAGUCAUCAGUCAGCCGCCAGCCCAGCCAGGCCCUGGGUGGCAGGUCAUCAUCAUCGUCGUCAUCAUCAGCGUCCUUCUCAGGCUUUGUGUCCCCGGUGGGAUCCUUCACCUUCCUGCCGAUGUCCUUUGCAGGCCGUGCCCGCAGCCUGGGGAUCAACGUGCCCACGCUGCCCACCCCCGCCGCCAGGGCCAGGGGCGGGGUCAGGGCCUAGGGGGUGGGGAGAGCAGGGAGCCUCAAAAUAGUGCCCCCCUCUCUCUCUCUGUUAAUAAUUACAGCCUAACCUCUAAGGACUAGACUUACUGCAUCCACUAUUAGCCAUUAAGUGUGUGUGUGUGUGUGUGUGUGUGUGUGUGUACAUAGCACUAGCAGUAGUAAUAGCACCUAACACUAGUAAUACUGUUAAUAGCUAUACUAGUACUAAUAGCAAGAAAUAGCUCUUUGAUAUUAUACUCAGAAAGGAUAUGAAAUGGAUUGUGUCUUGACCUCAUGUUAUUUGUCUCCUCCUCCUCCUCCUCCUCCUCCUCCUCCUCCUCCACUCUCACCUCCACUGAUCUCCUUUUCCUCAUCUCCACUUUGUUUCUUAUCUCCUCCUCCUCCUCCUCCUUGUGUUGUGUAGUUCAGAAAUACAGUGUUGCUUAUAAAUCAUGUCUUGUUUAUUGUUUAAGUUUACCCUGUCGGUUUGUGUUGCUGAAGUACAUUUAGCAUUUAGUGUUGUGCAUAAAGUUUAGGGUCAAACAUGCAUUUAUUUGUUUAUGUCUUUUUCCUCGACAUUGAUAGCAUAUCGUGUAGUAAUUACUGGUAUUUAGUUAUGAUGUCUAUUGCAUGAUGUAUACUGCUUGGCCCUUCAGUAAAAGUUAUGCAUUUG